AUGGCGACGGUACCGACAGAGAAGAAGAAGCCGAGCGCAAUGCGCUCGAUUCUAGCUGGCGCGACCGCAGGAGCUGUAGAAAUAUCAAUCACAUACCCCGCUGAGUUCGCGAAGACGCGAUCGCAACUCAACCGAAGAUUACCGGACGGAAAGAAACUACCAUGGCCACCAUUCGGUAAACAAUGGUAUGCCGGAUGCACGACCUUGAUCAUUGGCAAUUCGUUAAAGGCUGGCAUACGAUUCGUCGCGUUCGACAUGUAUAAAGAUAUGUUAGCAGACGCCGAAGGCAAAGUGUCAGGUCCCGCGACCGUUAUUGCUGGGUUUGGUGCUGGAGCUACGGAAUCUCUGUUUGCGGUGACACCGUUCGAGAGUAUCAAGACCCAGCUCAUCGACGAUCGCAAGGCCGCCAACCCUCGUAUGCGUGGCUUUCUACACGGCUCACGAAUUAUCGCACAAGAAAAGGGCAUCCGAGGCUUUUUCCAAGGUUUCCUCCCAACAACAGCACGGCAAGCGGCCAACUCAGCAGUUCGGUUCUCAAGUUAUACAUCGCUCAAGCAACUAGCGCAAUCAUACGUUACGCCAGGAGAGAAGCUCGGGGCAGUAAGCACAUUUGGACUCGGAGGUUUGGCAGGUAUAAUUACCGUGUACACCACUAUGCCUAUUGAUACCGUCAAGACGCGCAUGCAAUCGAUAGAGGCGCGGAGCUCGUACAAGAACAGCUUUGACUGCGUUGCAAAGAUCUUCAAGCACGAAGGUCUUCUGACCUUCUGGUCCGGGGCUGUCCCACGACUAGGCCGAUUGAUCCUUAGCGGUGGCAUCGUUUUCACCAUGUACGAGAAGUCCAUGGAGUUUAUGGAUAAACUUGACCCUCAAGGACGAUACAUAUAG